AUGGAACGUCUUCCUGGCGGCUCAGAUCCCACAAAUGGAACUGACGCGUUGGGGUUUGAUGGGCAAGGUGACGACUCGUACCAGCGGCCAGCGGCAGAGAUUCUGGCCUCUCUGCUGGAAAAGGGAGUGCUGGACGUGGACAAGGUGACGGCCAGGAGGGCCGGAUCUGCUGGAGAAGACUCCUUCUUGGACAGUAAAUCCCGGACUGGAUCCAAGGCCCAGAAGCCUGCGGGGUCUCCUGGUGUGGUGUCACCUUCACAAGCUCCUACCGGCCAAGCCAACGGGCUGGCAUCCACCGAGGGUGCGGCAAAGUACGGCUCACCGAGGAUCAGUGCGGACAAUAAGUCAUCGGACUGCGUCGGUUGUCAUGACGACGUUUAUGCCAACAGGAAGUCUCCAUCCCGGUCCUUGCUCUCCGAGCGUAGCGACGGGAAAGAGGAACCCGUUACUAGCUUUGUGUGGCCGGUUGGCCAAGGGACGGUUGACUUGGAGUUCAGAAAGAGCUUUGCCAAAGGAGAUAGACCUUCCGUGGCGGAGAGCCAGGAAGACUCCGGGAGCGGUGACCCUCAUGUUAAGAUGCCGCCAAGCCAGGUCACCCAUGCCAGCGCCUCGGAAACCGAGUGGAACUUACGGGACUUCAUGGAUGUGGCCACCUUAUCACCUUCUCAGACGUCGACCGCCUGGAGCAACGCCAUGCUGAGCCCAUCUACGGAGAAAGCCAUCAGCCCGGACUCUGCCGAAAUUGACCACCUCCUGCAAGUGCCCGGAGAGACGUCCGUGCAGUCGCCACCGCCUUCAGGUACUGAGCCCGGCCGCGACGGCCUUCACGAGUCCCAGAAGGGGGUCGGUUAUGAGGCAGGGAACUCUCAGGGACCGUUCACCGCUCCGGAGAAAGAUUCGAGGCAGACCGCAGAGCAGGGAGCUCAAGGGAGCACCGACGUAACGGUGGUCACCGAAAAAGCCCAAGUAGAUAUUUCUUCUACCGGCGUCCCGCCGAAACCCUCCGAGCCCCCGUCUGACCUCACAGACAUAGACUACAGGGACCCCUCUGACUUAGACGACCACUUGGGCUACCCUCCGGGCGGCGACUCCACCAAGGGCUUCCACGACAAGCUGGGCCCCUGGCACAAGCACUUGCAUUACGAUGACUUCUCUCCUUUUGACUACCUUUACCCCACCCCUCCUUUCUACGCAGAUGGAUACGAGGAGGGGGGGAUUGAAGACGACGACGACGACGAGGACGAUCUGGAGGACGACGACGACGGCGUGACCGCUAAAGACGUGCGGAACUUCCCCAAGGGGGCGACUCUGAAGGUACACACCCCCACGCUGGACGAGAAGCCCACCGGGCGCCAAGACUUCCCCUUCCGCGGCGAGACGUACCCCAGGCCUCACCCGGAGGUGAUCAAGGACCAAACGCAGACCAUGUCGGGGACGGGCGAGAACGGGACGGAGUGCCGCAGCGGCUACGUGAGACGCAACAGUUCCUGCAAGUCGCUGUGCGAGGUCUACCCCACCUACUGCUACAACGGGGGUCAGUGCUACAUUGUGGAGAACAUCGGGGCCUAUUGCAGGUGUAACACUCAGGACUACAUCUGGCACAAGGGUCUCCGGUGCGAGUCAAUCAUCACGGACUUCCAGGUGAUGUGCGUGGCGGUCGGCACGGCGGCGCUGGUGGUCCUCCUCCUCUUCAUGAUGACCGUCUUCUUCGCCAAAAAACUCUACCUGCUGAAAACGGAGAACUACAAACUGCGCAAAAGGAAGUACCGGACUCCGUCGGAGCUGCACAAUGAUAACUUCUCUUUGUCCACCAUUGCGGAAGGCUCCCACCCAAAUGUAAGGAAACUUUGCGACACCCCGUGUCACCUCUCCCCCCAUGCGCGUGCAUUGGCUUACUAUGAUAACGUUAUCUGUCAGGAGGACCCCAACGCUCCUCAGAAGGUCCAGGAUCUGCCCAAGGUUUGCCUGAAGGACGAAGAACCCUUUAACAUCCAGAACUCUCUCUCGCCGAAGCACGAGUGCAGCAAAGGGGAUCCAGACAUUGUGGACGUCAACUGCGUCCUUAACAACCUGACAUGAGAAAAAGGAUUUCACGGAGGAACCUGGCGGAAGAUGCGUGCGCCAUCUUCUCUGAACCUCUCCAGCGCUGGAGGAGGCGGUGGCGGCACAGGCCACGUCCCCCUCCAGCACUGCAAGGGGUUUUCCUGACUCAUUUACCACACCACCCCUCUAAUGUGCCCCCGACCCCUCCCCCCCUGGCAUGCUUUGGUGUAUUUUGUACAGAGAUAUGCAGAAAGAUGAACCCGUGUUAUGGAGGUGAUGAAUGAGCACAGCUGGUGCACAGCGUGUGGGCGGAGUUAGAUUGCGUCACCCGGUGUCUCAUGGGAGUAAACGCUGCAAAGAGGAAACAUUUAUCGGGUUCGGGGGCCCUGCGUAC